AGGAGGAGGAGGAGGAAGGGACCCCAGCCGCACCAUGAACCUGGAGCGCGUUUCCAACGAGGAGAAGCUCAACCUCUGUAGGAAGUACUACUUGGGUGGCUUUGCUCUGCUGCCUUUCCUGUGGCUGGUGAACGUUUUCUGGUUUUUCCGAGAGGCCUAUCUGGUGCCAGCGUACACUGAGCAACUACAGAUAAAACGCUAUGUCCAGCGUUCAGCUAUGGGGCUUCUUUUCUGGGUGAUCGUGCUCACCACGUGGAUCAGCAUCUUCCAGGCGCGCCGAGCAGAGUGGGGCGAGCUUGGCGACUACCUCUCCUUCACCAUCCCCCUGGGCACUCCAUGACCAAUCCCUCCUCCCUUGACGUCACCAGCGUGCAGCUUUUAGGUUUUUACCCCCCCAGUGGACUCCCUGGGUGGCAUGCUGCUCUCCCUUUUUAUGGAACCAGAGUGGAAUUGUGCCAUGGUGAACUCCAGUAAGGCUGCCUCUCCUUGCAAAAUCCUCUGUUCACUAUGCCCUGACCACAACCUGGGGCAGAGGAGAUUAAUAAACCUGGGGUUGCCUACA